AUGGUUGUCGGGGAAUCUUUAUCGAUGGAAGUCCAAAAACAAAGACGAUAUGCUUUCAGCGGAAGCAGCGAAGGAUACACCGAUAGCUACAGGUUGCAGCCAAUCGCCGCCCACAUGACGCGUCCCCAAUUCCAUGCCCUGACGCAUAAGAAGGUCGAGGCGGAUGACCAGGCCGGUCCUGCCGUGUAUAACUUCGAGUGGCAGACGGUGGAUGCUGACAAGGCGCUCUUCACCAAUCAGCAGGAGUCCCGGAACGAGGACAACCUCCGAGGCCAAUACUCAGUGCUGGGAGCGGAUGGCGUCCUCCGCACCGUCAAAUACACCGUCGAAGGAGAUGAGGGAUUCAAGGCAGAAAUCACGAAUGAGGAGGGUGUGGGUCCCAUCCAGAAGGCACGAACGCAUCAAGCAUCCACAAAAACCGUUACCAGCCACUCCGGUAUCGAGCACAAGUCGCCCUUUGCCCAAGUCGACUGGUCCGCCUAUACUAAGGCUGAGACGAGUCCUGCGAAGGUCGACGUUUCCACCGAGCACAAAUCGUGA